CCGGCAACACCGCUUACGUGGACUGGCAUUCUAACAACUGCGCAAAAUCCAUCGAAUUCAUCAUUCGCGUUUUUGACGGUUUCUGUUUCUUGCACGUGUUAGUUUUAUUAAACGAUUUUUGUACUAUUUUAUAUUUUUAAGCCCAAAACUGAUGUGUUAGUAGUUAAGUUUUUUAUAUACAAUGCCACCAAAAAAAGACCCAGUCUCCCAACUUGCAAGCGAAGAAAGUGCUGUUAAUUCCCCAGUAAGAAGAUCAUCCCGUUUAAGUAUAAAUGCAGCUAACUCUGCUGCCCCGGCUCCUGCACCUGCAACUUUAAGGGGGCGAAGGGCUUCACAAACCGAUGCAACUACCACAGCUAAAGUGACUAAAUCCAGGAGAUUGUCACAGGCUGUUGAUGAUAAGGAUUCCAAAGAAAUUGAGGUUAAACCUGCUGCCAGAGGUAGAAGAGCCUCCUUAUUAGUGGAAGAAACAAAACAAGUCGCAUCACCAAGAAAAAACGCCAGAACAACCAGAGCAGUCAGCAAAUCACCGCCAACGGUAAAAGAAGUCGUCAAAAGAGGCAGAAAACUAUCAACGGCCUCGGACACAACCGAAACCAAGGAAGAACCAAAAACAACCCGGGCUAAAAUAUUGGCAACUGAAGAUGCAGCAAAAACGCCGGUUAAAGCCACCAGGGGGCGUAGAAGUUCGGUGAGUAAAGUUGAAGAAGACGAGAAAGAACCGUCUAAAGUAACCACUAGAGGAAGAAGAAGUUCAGUAACUAAAGAAAAAGAAGACACAAUCGUUGAAGAGCCUAAGAGAGUCACAAGGGGUAGACGAAGUUCCGUAGAUAACGCCGAAGAGGUUCCACCAAAACCUGUAGGAAGAAGAAGAAAAUCCAUUGCAGAUGAAGAAAUAAGUGAUGCGCCUGCCAAGUCUACGCCUAUUAAGGGCAGAAGACGCCCCUCUGUUACAGAAAGUUUGUCCAAUAUGGAUCCUAUAAUAGAGAAUGAAGAAAAUAGCGAGAAAAGUACCAUCAAACUUACACCGAUAAAGAAGAAAGUUGAGCAAGCAAUCCUGGAUCCAAACCUAAGCAUAAUUAGUGAAAAUGAAGAUACUGAUAGUCCCAGGAAGUUAAUAUUUCAAAAAUCGGCUGAGUCUACAGAUUUAUCCGAAAUUAAAACGCCAGAUAAGAAAUCACCUAAAAAAUUGCUUGCAGAAGAGCCUCGUAAACAUUCCGACACUGACACUAUUGUCAGUGGAACGGACGGUUCAUUUGUGUUUAACUUAAACGUUUCUAUACCUAACUCAGAUAAAACAGACUUAAAUUUAUCUGAAAAAGCAGACCUAAACACGUCUAAAUGUAGCAAUGGAAGCGACAAGGAGAACGAAUCGUGUAAAAAUACACCCGGUAAAAAAUCAAUCUCAGCGGAUCUAAAAGAAUCUCCAGUGGUAAAACUACAAGACAUUAUGAUGGCAGCUAACAAAGAUCAAAUCACAAAAUCAAGUUCUAUAAUUGACCCUCUAAAGGAGAAAAAUGUGGAAGAACGGGAGAAAUCAAUGUCCGAAGAUUUCGAGUUCGAUAUGCCGUCCGAUAACGAUGAGGCAGAAUUAAAAAUGGCCGAAAAAAACGGGGAAAAAGAAAGGCCAAAAAGUCCUAUAAUUCAAUCUACACGUUUAAGUUCAUCCAGAAGACAAUCCGUCGGAAAAACUACAGAAAAUAAUACAUCAAUAAAGGAAAAAUCUGGAAGAUCACCAAGUCCUGCCAGAGAACCACCAGGCAAAGUAGUAAGAAGAUCGCUAACUCACACAAGUCCUCACAAAAUGGAAGAAGUUGAGCCAAUGGAAGUCGACGACGUCUUCGAAGAACAAGUUGAAACAGAUGAACCAAACACCACCACACAUUCCAUAAACAAGGAAACAAACAAAAGUUCUGCAGCUUUCUCUGAAGGCGAUACUUUUUGCGACAUGUCCAAGUUGGUUGUGGAAGAAUCCGAUCUCGAAGAUGGAUCGAAUUUGACUGAAGAAGAGGAGGAAAAGUUGCUUAAAGAUCCAGAAGAAAAUGAUGCUUUGCUGGCCAAAGAUCAUAAAAAAUCGUCAAAUGUUGAUGAAAAAUUAAAUGAAGAUACCAUCAAUCCAAUUAAAGAAAUUAAAGAAAACGAAUUAAAUAAGAGUGCCUCAUCAACCGAAAAUGAAGAUCAAAUUACAGAACAUAAACCCAACACAAGCUUAAAUAAAACAGAAGAAACUACACAAAUGGAUGUGGAAAACGAAAUAAUUGAAGAAAAUAAUCAAACUGAAAAUAACUCUUCAAACUUAGAAGAAACAGAUGCAUCCUUCAAACCACGAGUUAGCAUUGGUAAAGAAAUUUCGGGAAAAAAUGAAGAAAGGAAAUCUAGGAGCAGUCUAAAUGUCAGUAACCUUUUAACAGAGAAACAAGAAAUUAAAAUAAAGGAGGAUCAAAAGGAAUAUGAAUCAAAUACAUUAUCAAAGUCUAGAUUAAGUGUUAACGCCAAUGAAGAAGAAGCCGUCCAUGAAAAGAGAAGAUCCAGAAAAAUUUCGCCCAAUGCCAGGGAAUUUAAAGAUGAAUUAGUAAGAGAGAAUAGAAAAUCAAGAAAUAGUUUAAAUAUCAGUAAAAUGUUGCCCAAUGAAGUUAUUACGAACGGUGUAACUGAAGUUUAUAAUGUUUCCACCAAAAUAGAAAAUGAUGAGGUUGUUAAUUUGAAUGAAAGUAAAAAGGUGGCAGUAGAAAAUAAAAAAGUAUCUGAAUCUGAAGAAAAUGCUGACCAAGAUAAGUCUGAAAUUAAAAACAAUGGAUUGUACAAGAAUCAUGAUGAAGUUCCCUGUGAUAAUCAAAAAAGUGAAGAAAAAUUUGAUACAUCCACAAAAUCAAGUCAAAAUAUUAAUUUAGAAAAACCUGAAAAUGAAGACAAAACUACGGAAAAUGGCUUGGAUGAUAGUCAUGAAGAACUUUCCGAUAAUGUGUCAUCAUUAUCUUCAGAAAGUCCAUCUUCAAAAUCCAAAGAAAGUGAAAAAAAAAUAAAUAUAUCCACAAAAUCCAGAGUAGGCAUUUAUUUGGAUGAACCUGAAAAUGAAGAGAAAUAUUUAAAUGAUCAAAGGAAACCUAUCAAAAUCUUGAACAAUUUAAAAUCUAAUAGUAGUGAAGAAGUUUCUGAUGAUAAUGAAGAUGAAAGUACAUCUUUUAAAAUCAAUGAAAGUGAAGAUCCGAAAGAAAAUGAGAUCAAAUCUACAAAGGAAUUUAAUAAAAAUGGUUUAGAUGAGAGUCGUGACAUAUCUGCAGAUGAAAUUGAUUUAAAUGAAAGUAAAUCAUUAGGAAAUAAAUUCACUGAAGAAAUUUCAGAAAAUGAGGAAGAACCUAAAGUAAAUGGACUAGAUGCUUCUCUAGAAGAAAUUGUAGAUAAACAAAUAAGUCCAGAAAAACGGAAGAGUAAAUCUAGGAACAGUUUAAAUACCAGCAAACUUUCUUUUAAAAAUGAGGAAGAACCUAAAGUAAAUGGACUAGAUGAUAACCAAGGAGAAGAUAAACCACAACCGAGAAGUCCAGAAAAACAAAACAAAAAAUCUAGGAAUAAUUUAAAUACCAGCAAACUUUCUUCAAAGAAUAAAGAAGUAAAUGAAUUGGAUGAUGACCAAGAAGAUUAUGAAGACAAUGAGGAUACACAAGAACAGAAAAGUCCAGAAAAAGAAAAGAGAAAAUCUGGGAACAGUUUAAAUACCAGCAAACUUUCUUCAAAGAAUAAAGAAGUAAAUGAAUUGGAUGAUGACCAAGAAGAUGAUGAAAACAAUGAGGAUGCACAAGAACAGAAAAGUCCAGAUAAAGAAAAGAAAAAAUCUGGGAACAGUUUAAAUACCAGCAAACUUUCUUCAAAGAAUAAAGAAGUAAAUGAAUUGGAUGAUGACCAAGAAGAUGAUGAAGACAAUGAGGAUACGCAAGAACAGAAAAGUCCAGAAAAAGAAAAUAGAAAAUCUGGGAACAGUUUAAAUACCAGACUCUCUUCAGAGAAUAAAGAAGAUACUAAAGUAAAUGGACUGGAUGGUGACGAAGAAGAUGAAGACAAUGAGGAUACUCUACAACAGAAGAGUCCAGAAAAAAAGGUGAGAAAAUCGAGGAACAGUUUAAAUGCCAGCCAAAUUUCUUCUAAAAAUGAUGGAGAACCUGAAGUAAAUGAAGUGAAAAAUAACCAAACAGAUGAAGAUAUGGAAGAUGAACCACAGCAUAAAAGUCCAAAAAGAGAGAAGAGAAAAUCUAGGAGUAGUUUAAACGCCAGCAAACUUUCUUCUAAUACUAACAAUGAUAAUCCACAUAAAGAUGUUAAAGAGAAUAAAGUACAGAAAUACAGUCCUUCAAAGCAGAGCAAACUCCAACAACUUGAAGACUUCGCAAACUCCAAAGUUGACGAAUACCUGCAAAUGAAAUCUAUUGAUUCAGAUGAAGAAGAAAUCAGUUCUGAAGAUGAUGAUUACGAUCCUGCAGAAGAUUGUAACCGACAUGAAUUUAUAGAUGAUAUGGCGGAAGAAUGCGAAGAAGAAGAAUCCGAAUACGACGAUAGUAACGAUAUCCCGUGCGAUGGCGAAUCCAUUGGUUCAACUGAAGAUGAAAAUAAUUCUAGCGACGAGUACGAUGAAGAUGAUUCGUUUAUUUGCGAUGAAGAAUACAAUGAACUUAUUUCCGGUGAUGAAUACGACCUUGAUGACCAAAAAAAAAUAAAGACAAAAUCUAGAAUUGUAACCGUUAGCGAUUCGUCGAAUGAUGAAGAACUUGAUUCAGAUGCAGAAAGGCGAGUUGAAAAUAAAAAGGAUAAGAAAUACAGGGUUAUUAAAGGAGAUAAUGGAGAAAUUAUCAAGAUAGAGUCUAAGAAAAAGAAAGUAGAGAAGACGCCAAAAAUAUCCAGAAUAAUAUCUGUUGAUGAUUCAUCAGAUGAUGAAGAGUUGGAAAAAAUGCGUAAUGAAGUCGAAAACCCUAUUGAAGUACUAGAUAAUUCUGACUUUGUAAAUGAAGUUUCCUAUGAAGAAACUACUCCAAAAGAGCAAAUAAAAAAUCCUGCUGUAGCCAAUUUUGCAGAAGCCAGUUUGAACGAUUCUGGAAGCCGUAGAGCUUCCGUUACUAUCCAUGAAAAUAUUAGAAUAGAUGACCUUAAAGAUGCUGCCCUAAGCGAACGCAUUAACUUGGUUGUGGAAUCUUUCUGUAGUACUGUGCAAAAGGGCGAAAUUUCUAUGAAUCUGUCCUUGCAAUAUGAUGAUUCUCCUUCUGUUAAAAAAGAUAACGAUACAAGUUUUGCUAUGGAUUAUAAGCCAGACACAACCAAUGUGGAGAAAAAAAGUCCAUCGCCUAAAAAAAGAAAGUCGACUUCAGAAUCCGAAACUUCCUUUGAAAAAAGAACACGUACUUCUUUGGAAAGCACCGAGCAAUUACCUAGUACUAGUAAAUUGAAUACUUCUUUGGAGAAUAUGAAAAAGAAGAAGAAUAUCAAAAGUAAAAUGUUGGAGGUGAUCCCAGUGGAAAAAACAAAAACCAAAAAGAAAAAAGGCACCAAAUUGGAAAUAACAACACAUGAAUUGGAUGACUUAAGAGUCGACACAUUUAGUUUAAUGAACCAAGAAAUAAUAACCGACAUUAAAAAUCGAAAGAGGCGUAUGAUUAAACCAAGUAUGUCCGACACAAAUUCUUCCUGGAUUUCCGAAAAACAACCAGUGAUUAAACCGUCAACAUCACAAGUGACUAAAGCUGAAAAACUUCAGUCAGUUCAGCAAAAAGUGCACCCGAAAGAUUUUAAAAAUCAGAUGCUUUAUAAUAAAUCUAGAGUUAAUAGGGUUGAAACCAAAACCUUGUUGAAGAAGAAAGGAGUUUUUAAUUAAAUAAUUAUUUUUACUGUUGAUAUUUUCUUUACACGCGAACUUUUUUUAUUUUCUUUAAACGCGAACUUUUUUUAUAUAUUUAUGCAUGUUUAUGUUAAUGUUUGUACAAUUAUUUUUUAUGAUAGCAUUUUUAUGAAAAUUAAUUUUAAGAUUUUCGGAAGGCUGAUAAUUUUAAUGCAUUAUUAAUUUAAUAAAAAUAUUGAGUAAAUA